UAAGCUGCGAAGAAGACUAGCGGAUAUGACGUCACAUGCAACCCCCCUCUAAUCAAGGAAAACCAGACUUUAAUGUUGAAAAGCAAACGGAAGUGGAUAAAUCCAUCGUCGGCACGUAGCAGCGCUACCAAUGGAGAAGCCCCAGAGGACCGCUUGGAGGACACCCCGAGCCUGCAGUGACUACUGGAGUGAAUACAAACUCUGUAAAAGCUUGCGGAAUCGUUUUCACCAUUACUACACUUACGGUACCUUCCCGUCCUGCAUGCAGUGGAAAGAGGACUACAACAACUGCACUGCGUGGGAGAAAAACCAAGGCACUGAAGCCAAGGAAGCACUGCGGAAGAGUGAAAGGGACAGAGUGGCAGAGCAGAAGAAGUUCACCCCGGUGUGGCGGUUGAGGCAAAAGCCGCCAAGCGAUUGGCACUCGCCCCUCAACCAGGACGAACCUCAGGAUUCUUGACCUCUCAACGACAAACCUGAAAACUGUAAAUUACACAUCGUACUGUAUUUCACGACAAAUGAGUGUUAUUGUCCUCAAGUGGUAAACACUAUUUGUUGUUUGGGUGUUGUGUAAUGUAUGUGAAAAAAGCUCAGUAAAUAAUAUUUAUAGUGAUGGGCAAGCUACUUGGUAAAUGUAAUAAGCUAAGCUACAAGCUACAGGGGAAGCUAUCCCGGAGAAUUUCAGCAAACUACACGGCAAAGUAGCUUGCUACAUUUAACGGCAUUUAUAUCAAUGGGCCCACAUGUAUAAUAUCAAUGUUUAUGUUACUGAGAGUACAAAUGGACCCAUUAAGGGUCCAUUGCUAUUAACUAUCUGUCAUUUAGCUGAAGACACCCUACAACUACCUCUAGGGCAGGGGUCACAUACCUUUUUGAAACCAGGAGCUACUUCUUGGGUAUUGAUUAAGCCGAAGGGCUACCAGUUUGAUACACUUAAAUAAAUUGCCAGAAAUAGCCAAUUUGUUCAUUUUACCUUUAAUAUAUAAAAAAAAUGGGUAUUUCCGUCUGUCAUUCUGUCAUACAUUUUUUUUCCUUUUACGGAAGGUUUUUUGUAGAGAAUAAAUGAUGAAAACAACACUUAAUUGAACGGUUUAAAAGAGGAGAAAACAGGAAAAAAAAAAUAAUAAUUUGAAGCAGUUUGUCUUCAAUUUCGACUCUUUAAUAUUCAAAAUUCAACCGAAAAAAAGAAGAGAAAAACUAGCUAAUUCGAAUCUUUUUGAAAUUUUUUUUAAAAGAAUUUAUGGAACAUUAGUAAUUUUUCCUGAUUAAGAUUAAUUUUCGAAUUUUGAUGACAUGUUUUAAAUAGGUUAAAAUCCAAUCUUCACUUUGUUAGAAUAUAUAACAAAUUGGACUAAGCUACAUUUCUAACAAAGACACAAUAGUUAUUUCUUCUAGAUUUUCCAGAACAAAAAUUUUAAAAGAAAUUCAAAAGACUUUGAAAUAAGAUUUAAAUUUAAUUCUACGGAUUUUCUAGAUUUGCCAGACUAUUUUUUAUUUUUUAUUUUAAUCAUAAUGAGUUUGAAGAAAUAUUUCACAAAUAUUCUUCGUCGAAAAAACAGAAGCUAAAAUGAAGAAUUGAAUUAAAAUGUAUUUCUUAUUCUUUACAAUAAAAAAAAAUAAUUUACUUGAACAUUUAUUUAAAUUGUCAGGAAAGAAGAGUUAGGAAUUCAAAAGGUAAAAAGGUAUAUGUGUUUAAAAACCCUGAAAUCAUUUUUAAGGUUGUAUUUUUUCUCUAAAAUUGUCUUUCUGAAAGUUAUAAGAAGCAAAGUAAAAAAAUAAAUGAAUUUAUUUAAACAAGUGAAGACUAAGUCUUUAAAAUAUUUUCUUGGAUUUUCAAAUUCUAUUUGAGUUUUGUCUCUCUUAGAAUUAAAAAUGUUGAGCAAAGCGAGACCAGCUUGCUAGUAAAUAAAUAAAAUUAAAAAAAAAGAGGCAGCUCACUGGUAAGUGCUGCUAUUUGAGCUAUUUUUAGAACUGGCCAGCGGGCUACUCAUCUGGUCCUUACGGGCGACCUGAUGCCCGCGGGCACCGCGUUGGUGAUCACCGCUCUAGGGGUACCCACACCUCCCCGUAUGUAUUUAUUUAGUUUGCCCUUUGGCCCACCCCUAUGGUAGUUAUUUUCUCUACCUAUGUUAAAAAAAACAGCAUCUAUCUAUAUCUUGACAAAAAAAACCACAAUGACUUGUGUAUUUGGGAACAGUUGGUAAUGUUUAUGUGCAGUAAAACUUUUCAUGAACGCAA